CCGCUGGGCUGGAGCGCAGCAUCUGACGAAGCGGUUACUCUUCCUGAUCUUGAUCUUCGCCAUCAACAUUGGUCCGAGUGUCUACAUCUUGUUCGUCGCUACAGCUGCACAAGAAAAGAUUGCCAAAAUUCUGGGCAUCGUCCAAUUCUUGGUUGCUGUCUUCACCUUCCUCUUUUUCGCCGUUAUGCCGCUGGGAGGCUUGUUCGGCAGCUACUUGACCAAGAAUUCUCGGAAGUACGUGGCCAGCCAAACCUUCACUGCAAGCUACCCUCGCCUCAAGGGCAAUGCUCUCGCAAUGUCCUACGGCCUCUGGGCCGCUAUUUUUGGCGUCAAGCUUGGCGUGUCAUAUGCCUAUCUGGCCCUGUCGUUCAGGGAUCCGAUCAAGUAUCUGUUCAUCAUGAAGCUCAAAUGCCAGGGCGAUUCCCUGUUCGGCACUGGCAUGGCCGAUGUCCUCUGCAAGCAACAGGGUAUCAUUCUGUUGGGCUUGAUGGCAUUCACUGAUGUCAUUUUCUUCUUCUUGGACACCUACCUGUGGUACGUGUUGAUGAACACCUUGUUUUCCAUUGCUCGAUCGUUCUAUAUCGGUUCUUCGAUCUGGACGCCUUGGAGGAACAUUUUUUCGCGCCUACCUAAGCGCAUCUACUCGAAGGUACUGGCCACCACGGACAUGGAGAUUAAGUACAAGCCCAAGGUUCUUAUCUCCCAGGUCUGGAAUGCCAUCGUCAUCUCCAUGUACCGGGAGCACCUGCUUGCUAUUGACCACGUUCAGAAGUUGCUGUACCAUCAGGUUCCUUCCGAACAGGAGGGCAAGCGAACCCUUCGAGCCCCUACCUUCUUCGUCUCACAGGAGGAUAAGUCUUUCAGCACUGAAUUUUUCCCCGCUGACAGCGAGGCUGAACGUCGUCUGUCUUUCUUCGCGCAGUCGCUUUCCACCCCGAUCCCAGAGCCUCUGCCUGUGGAUAACAUGCCGACAUUCUCCGUUCUCAUCCCCCACUACAGCGAGAAGAUUUUGCUCUCACUGCGCGAGAUCAUUCGGGAGGAUGAGCCGUACUCCCGUGUCACCCUGCUCGAAUACCUCAAGCAGCUUCAUCCUCACGAAUGGGACUGCUUUGUCAAAGACACCAAAAUCCUCGCCGAUGAAACCUCUCAAUUCAAUGGCGAGCUUGAGAAGCCAGAGAAGGAUGCCGCCAAGAGCAAGAUCGACGACUUGCCCUUCUACUGCAUUGGCUUCAAAUCUUCUGCCCCUGAAUACACACUACGCACUCGUAUUUGGGCAUCGCUUCGCUCCCAGACACUGUACCGCACGAUCUCUGGUUUCAUGAACUACAGCCGCGCCAUCAAGCUUUUGUAUCGUGUCGAGAACCCCGAAGUGGUGCAGAUGUUUGGCGGCAACUCUGACAAGCUCGAGCGUGAGCUCGAGCGCAUGGCGCGUCGCAAGUUCAAAAUCAUCGUCUCCAUGCAGCGUUAUGCAAAGUUCAAGAAGGAGGAGAUGGAGAACACUGAGUUCCUGCUUCGCGCCUACCCUGACCUGCAAAUAGCCUACCUUGAUGAAGAAUUGCCCGUUGCUGAGGGUGAGGAGCCGCGCCUUUACUCCGCCCUGAUCGACGGUCAUUCCGAGAUCAUGGAGAAUGGCAUGAGACGACCCAAGUUCCGCAUUCAGCUUUCUGGCAACCCUGUCCUUGGAGACGGCAAAUCAGACAAUCAGAACCACUCCAUCAUCUUCUAUCGCGGCGAAUACAUCCAGCUGAUUGACGCCAAUCAAGACAACUACCUUGAGGAGUGUCUCAAGAUUCGCAGCGUCCUAGCCGAAUUCGAGGAGAUGAAGACCGAUACAGCCUCUCCCUACACCCCUGGCGUCAAGAGCAAAGCCUUCUCUCCUGUUGCUAUUCUCGGCGCUCGCGAGUAUAUUUUCUCUGAGAACAUUGGCAUCCUCGGUGACGUUGCCGCUGGCAAGGAGCAGACGUUCGGCACGCUAUUCGCACGUACUUUGGCUGAAAUUGGCGGCAAGUUACACUAUGGGCACCCCGAUUUCCUCAAUGGUAUCUUCAUGACCACCCGAGGUGGAGUCUCCAAGGCUCAAAAGGGACUACAUCUGAACGAGGAUAUCUACGCUGGUAUGCAAGCUGUCAUCCGUGGAGGUCGUAUCAAACACUGCGAAUACUACCAGUGCGGCAAGGGUCGUGAUCUGGGUUUCGGGUCGAUUCUGAACUUCGUCACCAAGAUCGGUACCGGCAUGGGAGAGCAAAUGCUGUCGCGAGAGUACUAUUAUCUUGGUACACAACUCCCUCUUGACAGGUUCUUGUCAUUCUACUACGCCCACCCUGGAUUCCACAUCAACAACAUGUUCAUCAUGUUGUCCAUUCAGAUGUUCAUGAUUUGCCUGCUGAACUUGGGCGCCCUUCGCCACGAAACCAUUCCCUGCAAUUACAACCGAGACGUUCCUCCCACCGACGCUCUUUUUCCUACUGGCUGCGCCAACACGGACGCGAUUCAGGACUGGGUCUACCGCAGUAUUUUGUCGAUUAUUUUCGUCAUUUUCUUGUCUUUCGUCCCCCUAUUCGUGCAAGAGCUUACGGAACGAGGAUUCUGGAGGGCUGCCAAACGCCUUUCAAAGCAAAUUUGCUCGCUUUCGCCGUUCUUCGAGGUCUUCGUUUGCCAAAUUUACGCCAAUUCGGUCCAACAAGAUCUGUCGUUUGGCGGCGCUCGGUAUAUCGGUACUGGUCGUGGGUUUGCCACCGCUCGCAUUCCUUUUGGUGUUCUCUAUUCCCGCUUCGCCGGCCCUUCCAUCUACUUCGGCUCUCGACUCCUCAUGAUGCUACUAUUCGCCACGGUCACCAUCUGGCAGGCGGCUUUGACCUAUUUCUGGAUCACCCUGAUGGCAUUGGUCAUCUCUCCUUUCCUAUAUAACCCUCACCAGUUCGCUUGGAGCGAUUUCUUCAUCGACUAUCGUGACUUCCUCCGCUGGCUCUCGCGCGGUAAUUCACGGUCUCACGCAUCCUCGUGGAUUGCUUUCUGCCGACUAUCCAGGACACGCAUUACUGGUUAUAAGCGCAAGGCACUCGGUGACCCAUCCGGCAAGAUGUCCGCCGAUGUGCCUCGCGCCGCAAUCGCUAACCUCUUCUGGGGUGAAAUUGGCUGGCCGUUCGUACUGGUUCUUGUGACUGUCGUUCCGUUUCUCUUCAUCAACGCGCAAACUGGAGUAAACGAGGAUAACAAUCCCAACGCCACAAUCGCACCGACGAGCUCGUUGAUCAGGAUCGGCGUCAUCGCGCUGGCACCACUCGCCAUUAAUGCGGGCGCACUGCUUGUAUUCUUUUGCAUGGCCUGUUUCAUGGGACCUCUUCUCAGCAUGUGCUGCAAGAAGUUCGGCAGCGUUUUGGCCGCCAUUGCUCACGCAAUCGCAGUCAUCAUGCUUCUGGUUUUCUUCGAGGUCUUGUUCGUGCUGGAGAGCUUCAACUUUGCUAGAACUCUGUGCGGCAUGAUCGCUGUGGUAGCCAUUCAGCGUUUCAUCUUCAAGCUCAUUGUCUCGUUGACAUUGACGCGCGAGAUCAAGACGGACCAGUCUAACAUCGCAUUCUGGACAGGAAAAUGGUAUUCCAUGGGUUGGCACUCGGUUUCUCAGCCGGCCCGUGAAUUCCUCUGCAAAAUCACUGAGCUGAGCAUGUUUGCGGCCGAUUUCGUGCUCGGUCACACUCUGCUAUUCUUCAUGUUGCCCAUGAUCCUGAUUCCGAAAAUCGAUAUGCUUCAUUCUAUCAUGCUGUUUUGGCUGCGGCCCAGCCGCCAAAUUCGCCCACCCAUCUACUCGAUGAAGCAAUCAAAGCUCAGGCGCAAGCGUGUUUUCCGCUAUGCUGUGCUCUACUUUGUCAUGUUCGUCGUCUUUGUGGCUUUGAUCGCUGGACCCGUUGUUGUCGGCAACCUGGACGUCCUGAACCCUGAACAGCAGUUUGGAAACCUGGUCAGUGGCAUGAAACUGGUCCAGCCGAACGGGCUGGACCAUGAUGACACACGAAAUGAGACAGAGACAGGCCCCAAGGGUGACGACUACACCGGAGUCGCCCUGACUAUUUCCACUUUCUCUCUCGGCGGCAACGCUCGGGCGACAAGGGGCGCCAACGACAGGAUGGUCCGUCUUCUUUAAGUCAAGUAACAAGCCUUGUGUAGUGUGUCCUCUGAGAUUCGUUCUACUCAUGGCACAGAUUGGAGCACUUGACAUAUCGACGUUCGGAGGAGCAGGCAGGCGGAUGCGAGCCCCUAGAUGGGCGUUUUGUUUCUUUAUGCAGCAACAGUCUUGUUUCACGUGGUAAUGGGAACUUGGGCCUUUAGAAUUGUGUAUAGUAUGAACUUGCUAGGUCAGAUCGUCUGAAACCUCUUGUGUCCUCUGUG